AUGACUAUCAAUAUACACAUAUCUGGACCAAAAAUGAUUCUGCAUAAUAAAACAAUAGCAGAAAUGUUUGUAAAUCAGUUGAAUAACAAUCAAGGUCUUUUUGGUAUCGACUGUUCAACCGAUAAAGAGUACGGUUAUCCAAAAUUGAAAAAAGACGUUUUAGCAAUGGCUACUGCAUUUCAAAAACAUGAUCUUGGACACGGAGACGUUGUAAUGAUUAUAGACUAUGGUUCGUACGAAGGACAGGUAGUUAUGUUAGCUGGGAUUUUGGUCGGAACAACUAUAGCUCCAUUGGAUGGCAGUUUAAGGAGAAGUGUCUUGACAGAGCUUAUUAAUGAAACCAAGCCGAGCGUAUUGUUUUGUAAUACUUUUAGUAUAAAUAUAAUAACAGACAUUUUAAAUACUAUCAAGCAUCGACCGAUAUUGAAGAUUUCUACCAUGAUCCAUGAUGACUUUACUGCUUAUUCAAAUAUUAUCGUUGUUACGGCGGACGAAACUUUAUUAGUCCGUCCGAUAAAAUCAAAAAGCCCGAUUGGUCCAUUCGCUAUCAUAUAUUCGAGUGGUACUACAGGAACUCCGAAAGGAAUAUAUUUAUCGGACGAUGCUAUGAAAUCAGCAUUAAUAUCGCUCAAGCAGUCAGUGAUGGAAGAAUCUACUGAAAACAGGUUUAUCAAUACUUCACCUAUAUUUUGGUAUUCGGGAAUGGUAUCAUUGACACUCGGAAUUCAUUUCGGCAAACCAAGACUAUUUUUCUCGGCAAAGUCAACCGCUGAACAAGUACUUUGUUCAAUAGACAAAUUUAAACCAACAUUCCUGAUGACCGGUGUGGCCGCAGUAAAUGAAAUGAUGGCUUGUCAAAUGGCGAAUGGUCACAAGUACGAUAUACAGAGUUUAACGACAUGCGUGGUUGGCGGGUCUCCGAUGCGAGCCGAUUUACAAAAAUCAGUUGUCAACAAUUUACUGCAGGGAAGGAUACCGAUCAAACAAUUGUACGGGGCUUCUGAACAGGGCAUUAUAGCCGCUUGGUCUAUGGAUUCAGAUAUAAGUACCGUCAUUGCCGGAUCUGUAGGGAGACCAGCAGCUGGUAUUAAAAUCAGAAUCGUCAGCUUGGAAACUGGCGAAUGUGUUGGGCCCAACACCGAAGGCGAAAUUCGUAUUAAAUCGGUUUCCAACAUGGUUGGCUACGUCAACGACAUGAAAAAAACAAUUUGUUCGUACGAUGAGGACGGUUGGUUCAAGAGCGGAGACGUUGGAUAUUACACAGACGACUGUUGUUUGUUCAUCGUCGGUCGGAUUAAAGAGUUGAUGAUUUACAAGGACCAGAGGAUUGCACCGACCGACAUAGAAACCGUUUUAUUAAGUCAUCCUGCCGUACUGGAUGCCGGAGUGACGGGAAAGUACAGUGUGGACGGAGAUUUGUUGAUAGGAGUUGUCAAAGUCAAACCGGGUCAAAAAGUCGAACCCGACCGACUCUUAUCGUAUGUCAAUGACAGGGUGAAAGACCACGAGAGACUGCGAGGUGGUAUAAUAUUCGUAGACGACGUGCCUAGAUCUCCAGCCGGUAAAUUGAAACGAGAAGAACUUCUUAAUAUUGUACAAUGA